CUUGAACUGUAAUAUUCAAUAGCUAUAUAAUAUUCAUAUACAAGCUCUAGAUUAUCUAUUUUCUCUACCUCUUUUACCAUUGCUACUAUCGUUACUAGCUCUGCUAGAGAAAGUAAACAAAGUAGCUGAAAUAGCCCUAGUAGAUCUCACUACCGCUAUUGCUUCUACCUAUAUCCAUUGGCCGUUAUACUCUUCUGCUUCCUCUUUUUCCUCCUACAAUGUCAACGGCUGCCGUCAUAAGCCCACAACUUCAUAGCCGCCAUCUCCUCCCAAUCGGCUCAUCUACACAUCGUCGCCAAAAUAACAACAGCGAGAACACUGCUACAACCACCACCAGCGGUAACAAUCGCAACAGCAACGACACAAUGCCCCACGCUCACGAGACAAAGCCUCUCUGGCUCAUCCAGCCACGCCUCGACGCUGGCGUAUAUCGCGACAAGCUGAUCGGCAGCGUCGUCAAAUACCCAGACCUUCCCACCGAACGCCACAUCCCCUACCGCACAGGCGCAAAGCUGCCCCGAGACAUUGUCGCAGAUCUCGACCCCAAGCCCAUCCAGGUGCGCAACGUCAAGUUCUGGACCCGGCGCAUCAAAGAUGCUGGCGUUUCGGCGUCACUCAACGAAAUCCUCGAGGCGUUUGUGGACAGGGCCAAGGAGGACAGCAGCGAGAAGAUGGCCACGGUAGCGAGGAUAUGGCACAUGGACUCGCCGGGCGAGAAGUUCAAAGAGCUUCUCAAGAACAAGGAAUAUUUCGAGGAGCUAUUCGAGCUACUGCGGAGUAACCACGACCAAGGCUAUUUCAUCACCGACAUUGUAACUUUGACAAACAUGGAGAUCAGCGAUUCAACGGGCCGUUCGUCUGGUGUCGGUGCAACCGUCAAGGUGCCCAUCCCGGAACCCACCUUGAACGUUAACAUUGGCGCUGGCGGCCAUUUCCAAGUAGUCCGCGAGAAGGGCUACUCAGCGUAUUAUGAGGAGGAGACCAUUGUCUUCCUCGGCUAUCGUCUCGUGCGGCUCGAGAAGGUUGAGGGAACGAGGGCGAAGUUGGGGCGCCUUUUCCUGGGCCACAAGACCGGCUUUACGGUGCGUGACGGGUUCGACUACUGGCCGGAAUUAGUAGAAAGGGCAGUGGAGGGGAAUGCAGAGCCCUUUUUAUCAGCAGAGACGCCGAAGGAAGAGAAGAAGGAGCUUGGGGAGGAAGAGGAGGCGUAUGAGGCGAUUGUUGACGAAUUGGGGUUUGACUUUGAAGUGGUGGGAUAAACUGCACGGUUUUGGCAUGGCAUUGGCGUUUUGGCAUGGGUUCAGGAUUUCGUAUAAUAAAUACAGCAGAGAAACUAGGUCUAUCUAGAGAAACUAGAUCUAAGGAGCUAGAUUAUGAUAAUGAUUAAAUUGGUUGGUUUGUUCUUU